GCGUGACAAUACAGCUGUUCGUGCGUGCCAUCGUUCACUUCGCGGAGUUUCUUCAAAAUCGUACGCUCUAAUCGCUCGGGUCGUCGUUGCACCUCUUGUCGGCGGUGACGACAGCGGUUUCCAAGCAUCGCCCUCUUCUAGCUGGUUCUCAUUGUCUGUUGCUGAAAAUCCGACCCGAACCUCGCCUCGUGGAGCUAUGGUAACUGUCACAGUGUUGCUCGGCUUCUUGGCCAUCGGUUUCGCGUCGGUGGUCUCUGCCCAGGAGAGCACGAAUUCAUCUGAAGCCGAUUUCCAUAUCACCAGCAAACCCUUGACAAUAGAGGCAAAGCUAGGCGACAGAGUCACUCUUCCAUGCGAAUACAAAGGAAGACCUGAUAACACCUAUCGUCUCUGGUUCCACGAUCAGAACGUGAUCUCGGUUGAUGAGAAAAUCAUCCAUCGAAAAGGGGACUUCGAGCUCGAUGGCAUGAACCUCGUGGUCAUCGUCUCGAGACCCGAACUGGCUGAUAAGUACACCUGCAAGUUCAACGAUAACCUGUGGUCAAAUGUGACCCACAGAAUUCUCCUCCUCGGCCCACCUACUAUUGACGUUGACAACAAGGUCAUCGAUGUACGAGAGGGGGGAUCCAUCAGCUUCGCUUGCACGUCCUCGUCGGCCCCCGCACCAAAAAUCGAAUACACCAAAGUUAAUGGCACCGAUCAAGAUAUCAUUCCCUACCUUAAAAACAACUCGAUCCGCAUCAACGACGCUGCCCGCAAACACGCCGGCACCUACAGAUGCACAGCCCAGAACGGAUACAAGCCCGACGCAGUGCAGGACAUCGUCGUAAAGUACGAAGGACGUCCCGACGUCAACGUGGCUAUCCAAUGGCACAACCUCAACUCGGAGACCGAGAAAUCCGUCGAGCUCACCUGCAAGGCUCACUCCGAGUCGCCUGUGAAGUUCCAGUGGCGCAACGCAAAAGUCGAGGAUCUCAAGGACAACAGACAUUUCACAAUCACGACGAAGGCCGACUCUUCAACACUCAAGAUCAGCCAGAUCACCAAAGAUCUUUUCGACACCUACUUCUGCGUCGCCUCCAACACUUACGGCAAAGGCACCGAGGACGUUGAGAUUUCAUCCCUGCCGAUUCGACCGAUCGUCACCCUGGAGCCAACAGAUGUAAGUUCGAAGAUCACGCUGACAACUGUGUCGCCUUACCGCGUGCGCAAGUUUGUGCUUGUGCUCCGAAACAAUGUCAGAGGAACGAAGACCAUCGAAUUCCCUCUGUCGGAGAACGAGAUCGGCGACAAGGAUGGAAACUACACCGUCACCCAGACCCUGACUGGACUCAUCCCCGACGUCGACUACGAAGGAACCGUGAUCGCCGUCACCGAUAAGGAGGAGAGUUCCGCACAAGGAAUCUUCUCGUUCCACACGCGCGCCCAGACGAACGCCUCUUCUGCUAGCCAACUCGUUGGCUCCCUCGUUCUUGUCAUCAUGGCCGUCGCUCUUACGAAGGCAUAAGCAUCGUAACGUCUUCGCCCCAACAACGUGUUCUGUGGGAAACAGCGUCCCCGAUUUAUCAUCAUCCCCCAUCCCCUCCUUCGUCUAGCGAGUUUAAUCCAACCGAUAUUUUUCCCGCUCCACUCACCUGCCAGCCAACCAUUCCUCGUCCUCCUCGUCCUCCGCGAGUGCUCGUUUUCGCGAGAGGGACCCACAGAACAAAACACCGAUGCAAGCGACGCGGUCCAUUAGAUAUUCGUUCAACCAUUGUGAAUACUUCUAGACUUUGGUCAGACAGAAAAAGAGUUCAAAUCCUCCAGCAACAAUCGAACAUGUCAAGCGAUACGAAUCGUCUCGAUGAACGCUUCGGCCUGAAUUCGCAAACGCGCGUCGCAAGCUUCCCUUAGCAGCUUCCAGCAGGAACGAAUCGUCAUUUUUACGUUGUAUAUGAUCGAAACCAACCACAUUUUCACCGAAUUUUUCGGAGGACCGAGUUGACAGCGACCACUACUACGCAUGGAACGAUUAAUAUUUUUUACAUUAUUAUCAUCAUUAUUAUUAUCGCGGCCUUCGCGAUUACCUUUAUUCCGAAUGCGUUUCUCCCGUGGCGGUCCGAUGGAGUUGAUGCCGAGAGAUGCCAGUCCGCACAAUAUAGGGGACACUGACUACGAAUCGAGGACUCCUGACGAUCGAAGAGACGAAGAAGCAUCAAGAGCUCCCACAUGCACGUGGAGUCACGAGGGAAACGAGCAUUUCUCCACAAUGAUCCUAUCGGCGCUCAGCCGAGAAAUCGUUCCCAUACACCGCGAGAGCGAGGCCUCCGGAUCGACGUCGGGGAUCAGUUUCCUUCGGAAUUCAAUCCUCGCAGGACGAGAAGGAAAGUUUUCCCCCAAUGAUUGUUUGCGGCGGCUACACGGCUUCGAGACAAGAUCCCCGUACAGGAUGAGAGGCUGUGACUCUAGAUCUGUCAGCACUCUGUAGGAAAUGCAUCGACAAAACUCGUCGUAGAUUCCAUCGAGAACGACUCACUCAGUCUCAGUCGAGAGCUCGAGCUCCACCCUUGCGCCAAUGUGGAGCUGAGGAGUUCCGUCGAUUGAGCUGGAAAGACCUCAUGCAACAUCGGCGGUCUUCCAAAUGUCCCCGAAAUUAGAAUUCGCAUCUCGAUCAUCUCUGCUGAAAUUGCUGAAAGUCGGUUGUUUUGAGGAUUUAAGUUUCAUUUCUCUGUUAGAAUUUGAGCAAUUGAGAAGCCCUAAGUUAUAAUGACGACGACGACAACAACACCAGAACAACAUCAACAACAAGAACAUCAAUGAUAACAACAAAGAAUGAGGGUGACGAAGCGAUCGGUUCUUGAGCAAACAAACACCCCCAAUUUGGUUUUCGGAAUCGUCGCACGGAAAUCCCAAAGCCACUCUGUGCGCUGCUGUGCGCUAGAAUCGCUUCGCCCUUGUAGUUUAUUGCGACGACGGAUUGUGAAGAAUAGAAUUCUGCGGAUCGAGAAAAUUUUCCAACUCUCAGGUAUCAUUCAAAGCUUUGAGUGACGGCGAUCUUGAACAGAUUUUACAAAACUCACCGAUCGACUGAGAAUUAUAUAUAUACGGCUCUGUAUUGUGAAAAAAAAGAAGAACUACAUUCGCAGAUGGAAGUAGGUAGAUCAUACUAGAAUAAUGGAGUUGAAAAAAAAUAAAGCUGCAUUAUAAAUAAUAAACACGA